AUGUCUCUGUGCCAGAACCGCCUGCAAGAGGAGCGCAAGCAAUGGCGGAGGGACCACCCUUUCGGCUUCUACGCUCGGCCCGUGAAGAACGCUAAUGGCGUCCUUGACCUGAAGGUUUGGGAAUGCGGCAUCCCGGGCAAGGAGAAGACUCCCUGGGAGGGCGGUCUCUUCAAGCUCACCAUGACCUUCCCGGACGAAUAUCCCACUAAGCCACCAAAGUGCAAAUUCACACCCCCGCUGUUCCAUCCGAACGUGUACCCUUCUGGUACCGUGUGUCUGUCGAUUCUCAAUGAGGAGGAGGCUUGGAAGCCCGCAAUUACCAUUAAGCAAAUCCUGCUAGGCAUCCAGGAUCUCCUCAACGAUCCCAACCCCGAUUCGCCGGCCCAGGCCGAGGCCUACAACAUGUACAAGAAGGACCGCGUCCAAUAUGAGAGAAAAAUCAGACAGAUCGUCCGCGAGAACCCAGCUCCGUGA